AUGAUACAGAUAUCUCCGAACGGACCUGUCAGUUCGCUCCUUGAGAAGCAUUACCGGCUGGGUGGCGGAAUCGAAGGGGAUUUAGGGGUACUAGAUGGUGGUGGUGGAAUGUUGGAUGGUGGUGGUGGAAUGUUGGAUGGUGGUGGAGGAAUGUUAGACGGUGGUGGUGGAAUGUUGGAUGGUGGUGGUGGAAUGUUGGAUGGUGGUGGUGGAAUGUUAGACGGUGGUGGUGGAAUGUUGGAUGGUGGUGGUGGAAUGUUGGAUGGCGGUGGUGGAAUGGUAGAUGGUGGUGGAAUGGUAGAUGGUGGUGGAAUGGUAGAUGGUGGUGGAAUGGUAGAUGGUGGUGGAAUGGUAAUUGAUGGUGAUGGAAUGGUAGAUGGUGGUGGAAUGGUAAUUGAUGGUGAUGGAAUGGUAGAUGGUGGUGGAAUGGUAAUUGAUGGUGAUGGAAUGGUAGAUGGUGGUGGAAUGGUAAUUGAUGGUGAUGGAGUAGUAGAUGGUGAUGGAGUAGUAGAUGAUGAUGGAGUAGUAAGUGAUGGUGGUAGAAUCAUAGAUGACGGGGGUAGAAUGAUCGAUGGUGGAGGCGGGAUCCUAGGUUGUGACGAUGAUGCUGGAAUGUUAGGUGAAGAUGCCGGUGAGCCGGAUAGCUGUGGUGAUGAUAAGAUAUGGCGGGGUGGAAGCUUAGAUGCCUGA